CAGAUAUCCAACUACCAUAGCGAUAUCUGUCAACAAUAUGGCGGCACUGGGUCGUGGUGUAACUGUCAAAAACAGUGAAGUUAAAUAAUGUAACUGUUUUGAAUGCUGAGAUGUGAGGAGAAGGAAUAAAUUAAAUUGUCUCUCUGAUAAAAAAAAUCCAUCACCAUGGCAGAUAAAAGAAAGCUUAAAACUGAGUAUGUUGUGUCUGGUGGAGUUGACACAAGUUUAACUAAGGACCAGCCCGAUGAAGAUGAACAAGAAACAAUAAAGGAACCAGAAAAACAAAGUAAAAAUGAAAACAAGGAACCAGUGGAAAAAACAUCGUCAGAAAAAGUACCCCCACCACCUGAAAAACCUAAAGAAAUGUCCAGUGAUCUAGGUGGCGGGGAUUUUCUCAAGACACAAGGCAGUGAAAAUCCAUUUGAUGUAAAAAUAUCAACUUAUAAAAUAGAUCCAAAACUGAUUAAAGUUGAUCAGUUUUACCCAUCAUUAGAACACCAGUUUAAUAAAUCUAAUACCAAAUUUCUGGAAGAACAGGAUAACAGAGUGGAAAAAGCAAUGAAAGAAAUAGUGGAAGAGUCUUCAACAUUUACCUAUGAUGAAACAAGUACCAGUGGAAUGGAGGAUACACAGAAUUCUAUGGCACUGGUGAAAGCUCCAGAGAAGGCAGAAGAGGAGAAACAACCUGAUGAUAACAAUUCAGCUAAACCACAGGCAGCAUCAAGUGUAUUUGCUACAGCUGUAGAUGAACAAACUUUAGACGAUGCUAAACGUCGUCAACAGACCCUGUUUCAACCAGAGUCGUGGGAACCAGUUAGUAAAUAUUCACCAGGAAUGCAAGAGAUAAUUGAUGCCAGGGCAAAUGAACAUUUUGACAAAGCUAUGGAACUUAAGGAGAAGAAAGACUUUACUGGAACUAUUAACUUUAUCAACAAAUCUUUAGCCUUGAGAGACUUACAUAUUUAUUACGUAGAGAGAGCAGAAGCUUACAUCCAGUUAUGUGACUUUCAGUCAGCCAUUUUGAAUUACAAAAGAGUGUGUUUAAUGGAACCGGAAAAUGACGAUUAUUAUAAAAGACUUGCAUUCUUGUUUUAUUUCCAAGGACAAACUUUAUUUGAUCAAAGACUUUAUCCUGAAGCUCUAGAAGCAUUUGCCAGAGCUGCAGAAAUGGCACCAGAUAAUGUGGGAUAUCAUAUUAGGAGUAUGACAUGUUUAGCAGCCUUACACAGACAUGGAGAAUGUUUAGCAUUAGUAAAUAAAAGAUUAGAAUCUGAAAAUGACAAUCCUGAUCUUUAUAUAAUGAGGGCAAGAUUACAUGAAAUGUUUAGAAAUACCACAUUGUGUUAUUAUGAUGUGAAAGAUGCCAUGAAGUUAAAUGAAGACCAUCCUGAGGCCAAAGCAAUGAUGAUUAAACUGGAAAAACGUGCUCUAGAGAAUAAACAUCAUGCCAUGCAAUUGAACCUGCUAGGAAAACAUAGAGAGGCACUGCAAAAAAUAUCUGUUGCCAUAGAAACUGACCCAGCAGUAGCAGAUUUUCAUGUUCUUAGGGGAACAUUACACAGAAGAUUGGCAGAUUUCAAUGCUGCAAUAGACGAUUUCUUGUUGGCGCUAGAUAAAUGUGACCACAAUGAAGAGAGUCCUGUAUAUAUAGAAUCACAAAGACAACUUUUGUUGACUUAUAAUGAUUUUGCUGUGGAAUGCUUUACCAAAGGAUUUUAUGAUGAAGCUAUAAUACUAUUAAAUAAAGCGAUUAAGGGAGAGAAGCGAGAAAAGGGACUUUACAUCAACAGGGGAGAUUGUUUCUUUAGACAAGGAGAUUAUAAUUUUGCCUUACAAGAUUACCACCAAGCCUUAGACCUAGAUCCCAUGGACAGCAAUGUAAAAAACCGAGUGUCAGUUAUUUAUAAUGAAUAUGCCACUGUAGCAUACCAAGAUAAAAACUACCCUGAAGCCGAAUCAAAAUUUACUCAAGCACUGCAGUACAAUAUUAAGAUGGGGAGUUACUAUAUAUCUAGGUCCAGAACCAGAUAUAUGAUGGAGAAUAUGCAAGGUGCUAGACAAGACUUGAUCAUGGGACUUCUAUUAGACCCUACCAAUGAAGAGGUUCUGUCCAUCCUGUCCAGAUUGUUUCCAGGGAAGUCUGUUGGUGAUGUUGUCAACAGUAGGGCUGCUGACCAGGCCAAAACAAUCCUUCGUGGCAUACUGUAUCCCAAAGUGUUAGUGCCUAAAUCAUCAACUGCAAGUGCUAGUUUAGCCGAUGUAGUAGAAACUACAAAAGACCCUGGACUAAUGUCAGCAUCUGUGAAGUCAACUUGGAGUCAGGAAGAUGCUGACAUCUCUAAUGUGGAGGAGAGAAUGUACAAAUCAGGAAGUUGUUUCCCCGACCUGAAAGCUUGCAUGGAUGAAAGAGAUUUCAACUUAAAGCUUGCAGAAGAAAAGAAACAGGUGCAUGAGGAUGUUAAAACUGUGAUGAUAGAAAGAAGAACUUUGAAAUACUCAGGUGGAAGGGUGUGUCCCUUACCCCCUCCCUCAGCCAAACCAAUGUAUGGGGGUCGUGCAUUUAAGAGAAAAUCCAGAUUAGCUGAAGAAAGUGCCAAUAAAGGAAGUAGUACAAACUGGAGACAAUUUACACAAGGAAUUCCAGUUGUUGAUGCUUGAAUUAAACAAGGGAGAUAAUAUAUAAUUUGAACAUUGAGUUAUGUCCCACGACCAUAAUAACUGGUAAAUUCAGAGAGUUUACAUUUGGAGCAUUCAGAAAUAUGUAAGACAAUAAUCACUGCCAGUUCGGUGGAAUGCCAACACAUAGAGUGCUGAAUGAAUUAAACGUCAUAGAUGUCACAGGAUGUGGUGUGUUACACCAACUUAAGUGCUGAAAAUGUUUCAUGUCAAAUUAUGAGUGCCAAUUGUAUGAGCAUUAAUUACAUUGUCAUAAACUAAAUCAUUAUCAUAAGCUACUCUGUCUCAAAAUAACAAACUAUUUAAAAGACUGUUAUAAGUUGAAAGUAUAUGAAUAAAGGAACUAAAAAAGCAGAAAAAAAUGAAGGGUCCGUGUGUUUGUUUUCGAGAUAUAAGCCAUUGAAAAUUUGGCGGGAAAUGAUUCUCUCUAGACUUUUCAUACAUUUAACAUUGGCACCCUUUUUCUUUACAAAAUUAUGAAAAAAUAACAAGGAUUUUAUAGCAUUUUCAAAUAUGGCUUUUUAAACUAUAUGUAAUAAAAUUAUGAAAAGAAAAGUAGAGGUUAGCAGGGAAAUUUUUUUAAUGGCAGUACAUGGAUAAAACCAGAGGAUUCCGAAUAUCUGGCAAAAAUUCAAAAACAAGAGGAGCGAACAUCCUUAAUGUAUUUAUUUUUCUUCCUUCUAAGUAAAACCACUAUUUAAUUAGAUAUUAUGAAAUGUGCUGAACUGAUUGAUAUGUUGCAUGAAAGUUUGAAAAAAUAUUAAGAAGAUUGUUAGCUAAUGAAUAAUAAUUUUUUUUUUCUUGGAAUAGCUUUCACUAUGUACAUUAGAACUGAAACAAACAUUAUAUUUUCUGGAAACUUGAUCAAAAUUUCAGUGCUUUUUAUUUUAAAACAUAAACAACAACAAAAAAUACUUACAAGUAUUUGUUUGUAUAAAGUUUUUUUUUGUUAGACAGAGGUGCUUUUCAAUGAAAAAAAUAACUUUUAAAAAUAGUUUCAAAACUUUUUUAUUACAAAUGUACAGAGCACUAAGGCAAUUUAAUUGGUCAAAUGAAGUGCAGUGAUUUAUUUAUUGUAGUCGGAUCAUGGUUAUAAGAUUAUAUCUGCAUAGUAAUGUAUGUAGGAAUAUUCAUUUAUGCUACUGUAUUUAAUAAUAAAAAGACAAUUUGUAAGACAAGUACUCUUAACUUAUUAAAUAAUACAUAACAUGCUUAUGAAAUAACUCAUAAUUUGUAAUGGAGACAAACUUUUAACAUGUGAUGUACCAAAGCAAAUUGAUAGACCCAACGUGGAUUGCCAAUGAUGAAAGCAAGUUAUCUGUGAUACAUUUGUGAUAUUAUUUUAAGAAUAUUAUGAUGCUUUUAUUUCAAUAUAUUUUAUAAAUUUUAUAAGAUCUAUGUUCAUUUGAAAAAGUAAAUAAAACAUGUCUUAUUUUCAAA